AUGGCCAAGAGAAAGAGGAAUCAGGCAGCUGCUAAACCAGCAGAGAAGCCAUGGUGGGACCAGGAAGAAGAUGAUGAACCUGUCGCUGCGAACGUCGAACCCCAAAAUCCAACAAAACCAACUACAAACACCGAUACGAGCAGCACCACUAUAUCGUCAUUCGCAUCCUUCAAAGUCCUCACAAUCCAAAUGCCACCACUACUCACAUCAACAAAACAAAUCCCAAUCACAAACCACCACCUUCCAAGCACCAUCAACCCCAUACCUGUAACCCACCAUCUGUUCCUAAAGAGGCACGAGACUCGUAAAGCCAAUAAUAAUAGCAAUCCUAAACCUAGUAAUGACGAAGAAUGGCCUGUAAAUCGGACUCUGUUUGUUGCUAAUGUGCCAAUUGAUGCUACAAAGCUGCAUUUUGAGACUCUGUUCAAGGGGUGUGGGAGUGUACAGGAUGUAUUCUUUCAUCGUGAGAAGAGUGGAGGGAAUUCUUUGGCUAGGACGGCUCAUGUGGUGUUUGAGGACGAGGAUGGGGUCGAUUGUGCUUUGGAAUUGAAGGCUGGGCAGGCUAGGAUAUGGGUUAGUGCUGAUACUAAUGCUGAUAGUGAUGAAGAGGACAGUAAUGAGUUGCUGGGUAUACCGAAAUGGCAAGCAGAACAAUCCAUCCUAUACCCACCACUUCCGGACCUCUUAUCCCGCGUCACCCACGAGCUAGCAAUAUUCGAACAAGCCGAAAAAGAUGCUCGUGAAGCAGCCAGAAACAAACGUAACGUCCCCGACGCAGAUGGAUUUAUAACCGUAACUCGUGCCUCGAAACGUAAAACAGCUACUGAUGGGUCUGGGGCUACUGUUACGGCUGCAAAGGCUGAGGAGGUCAAGAAUCUGAAGCCAAAGAAGAGAGAGUUGCUUGAUUUCUAUAGGUUCCAGAUAAAGGAGAAGAAGAUGAAUCAGCUAACCGAGCUACGAAAGAAAUUCGAGCAAGACAAGGAACGUAUUACUGCACUCAAAAACACUCGCAAAUUCAAACCAUACUAG